AGGAAACAAGAUAAUAUAAAUCUGUGAAAGCCGUCUUCUCUCGUCUUUCUUGCUCCUCCUCGUCGGUCAUCGGUCUCCCACUUUUCUUUUUAUUUUUAUCUUUUAUUUGUCUUCAAACAAUCUCCUGAGAAAAUCGGUAUUCUUUGGAUCCCACUCCACUCGUCUUAAUCGGAAAAGAGAAGAAUGGAGCAUGUCAUCGGCGGCAAAUUCAAGUUGAGUAGGAAGAUCGGUAGUGGUUCCUUCGGUGAAAUUUAUAUAGGGAGUAAUGUCCAAACGGGAGAAGAAGUUGCUGUUAAGCUGGAACCGGUGAAAACAAAGCAUCCUCAACUACACUAUGAGUCAAAAGUAUACAUGCUUCUUCAAGGAGGGAGUGGUAUUCCUCAUCUCAAAUGGUACGGUGUGGAGGGUGAAUACAACUGCAUGGCAAUUGACCUUCUUGGUCCCAGCUUAGAGGACUUGUUCAACUACUGCACUCGCUCUUUUUCCUUGAAAACUGUUCUUAUGCUUGCUGAUCAGUUAAUAAACAGAGUUGAAUACAUGCACAUUAGAGGAUUUCUUCACCGUGACAUUAAACCAGACAACUUUUUGAUGGGUCUCGGUCGCAAAGCAAACCAGGUGUAUAUCAUCGAUUAUGGGCUUGCUAAAAAGUAUAGAGAUCUUCAGACACAUAAGCAUAUACCAUACAGGGAGAAUAAGAAUCUAACAGGAACUGCUCGAUAUGCAAGUGUCAAUACACACCUUGGGAUUGAGCAAAGUAGAAGAGAUGACCUUGAGUCGCUUGGUUACGUGCUCAUGUAUUUUCUACGAGGAAGUCUACCAUGGCAAGGUCUGAAAGCUGGUACCAAGAAACAGAAGUAUGACAAGAUUAGUGAAAGGAAGAUGCUUACUCCUGUUGAGCUUCUUUGCAAGUCAUUUCCCUCGGAGUUCACAUCCUAUUUCCAUUACUGCCGAUCAUUGAGGUUUGAGGACAAACCAGAUUAUUCAUAUUUGAAAAGACUCUUCAGGGACCUUUUCAUUCGGGAAGGUUAUCAGUUUGACUAUGUGUUUGAUUGGACAAUCUUGAAGUAUCCUCAGAUGGGCUCUAGUUCGAGAUCAAAGCCAAAUCCAAAAGCAGCUCUAGACACUCCAGGACCAUCCGCAGAAAAAAGUGAAAUGCCUUCAGAGGGGAAGGAUCUGCGAGAAAGAUUCUCAGGUGCGGUUGAAGCGUUUGCCAGACGAAACGUAUGGAGUCCUGGGAUUCGCUCUUCCAAAGAAGUGCUCGUGUCUGAGAAAACAAGAAAUGAGAGUGCAAGGGCGGUGAUGUCAAGCAGCCGACCUGGAUCAUCAGGUGAGCUGAGCGAGAACCGCUCAAGUAAACUGUUUUCAAGCGGUACCCAAAAGAUUCAACCGGGCCAAGAAUCUAAGCCAACCGCAAGGCUUGGGCGUAAUGAUGACGCCCUGAGAAGCUUUGAUUUGCUUACUAUCGGUUCCGGAAAGAGGAAAUGAGUGGAGUUUGGAAGAUAUGUGUACCCCUCCUGAAUAUGGGAAGAAGAUGAGAGAAAAGAAUCUCUCUCCCUCUUUAUGUAUUUAUAUAAUAUAUGUUCGUAGAACAUCUAUAAAGUUGUGUAUAUGUAACUUGUAAGUUGUAUGUAACAAGUAUUUUAUUUUAAUGUAUUAAAUAAUGUCAUUUGGUCAAA